CUUUUGCCCUGCGGACCGCUUGCUUCUUCAGCGGGUAUAUGCCUGUGUGCGUCCCCCUAUCACGCGCAAGCAGGUCUACGGAUCGCGUCCCUUCCUCCCUCUGCGCGCAGGAUGGACCCGAAGAUAACCGAAUCGGACCCUCCAUCAUAUCGCAACGGAAUCACCAAUGUUCUGCAGUACGGGGAAUUCACGGCCACGGGCAACCGAAAGGUGAGGUACGCGGUGAGUUUAACCGAGAGGGACCUCACCAUUCAGAAGAUCACGUCGACACCUGCGGGACGGAGCAAGGUGGUUUUCAACUUGAGGGACUGUGUCGGCUGCCGGGCUUUCAGCGCAGAUGACAACGCGGAUGCGGGAGCGUACUUCUCUGUCUAUUUCUACCCUUUUAAAAGACGAUGGAUGAGCUCUGGGGUGGCCAGGCAACGGGUCGAGCAGUGCUUUCGGGUGGCCCUGUUCCAGGACCCACGCACCAACCUGGAGGAGGCAGAGAAAUGGGCUGGCACCAUCCGGGAGAACUCUGUUCGUCAGCAACAUUUGAGAAAUCAUGUGCUUUACAGUGAGGUGCACCGCCCCUGCAGCGUCAUGCUACUGGUGAACCCCCACAGUGGGAAGGGCCAGGCCCUCAGCCUCUUCACCGGACACGUCCAACGCAUGCUUAACGAGGCCGGGGUCCCACACACACUGGUCAUCACUGAGCGGCAGAACCAUGCCAGGGAGUUGGUGAGAGAGGCUGACCUGUCAAAGUGGGGUGCUCUAGUCAUCAUGUCCGGGGACGGACUGCUGUUUGAGGUUGUGAAUGGCCUGAUGGAGAGAGAGGACUGGGAGGAGGCCAUCCAGACCCCACUGGGCAUCCUACCAGGGGGCUCCGGUAACGCCCUGGCUGCCUCUAUACACCACUACUCUGGGUGGGUGACACACCAAGACCCCCAUGUAGCAGUUAGUUAGCAGCAGUUAGUCCCAAUAAUGUACUUUGAAAAUGUGUGCUUCCCCCCUCCCUUUCCUUGAAG